AUGUUUGCCCCUAGCCGUCGCUUGGCGCUGUCGCGCCCCUCGUCCGUCGCCUCCACUUCUUUCGGACGAUUCCCCACCUUCGCUUCCUCUUCCACCUCCUCCUUCACGCUGCCCGCCCUCGGCACCCGCACCUAUGUCACAAACGUAAAGCGGAUCGCGAGGCGAGAGAAGCGGCGGUUGGCCGAGAAGGCGCUCGUCAAGGCCGAGGCCGAGAAGCAGGCCACCGAGGCCGCCGUUGCCGCCACCAAGCAGCAGGUCGAUGCCGUGAUGGAAGAGGCCGCUAACCUUGCCCAUGCCGACUCUUCGGCGCAGCAGCAGGCCGGCAAGGGCAACCUGGACAGGGACAUCGUCAAGGAGAUGGACGGAAACGUGCGAAUGAAGCCGCGCCAUUCUCCCCUCAGCGCUGCUUGA